AAUCGCUGAAGAUGUUACAGAAGGCUUACGGUGAAUCGACUUUAUCAAAAACACGUGCAUAUGAAUGGUACAGUGCAUUGAAAAGCGGUCGAGAUGUGGUGAAAGAUUUGCCUCGCUCUGGUCGGCCAUCAACGUCUUCAACUGAAGUUAACAUCGAUAAAGUGAAGGAAAUGGUGAUUGAAAAUCGUCAUUUCAGUUUGAGAGAGAUAGCCGCUGAACUUACGGUGUCUCACGAAUCAAAUUCGUCGAAAAAGGCCAGAUUUGUGGAAAACAAACUCAUGGAUUUUGCACCAUGAUAAUGCACCAUC